AUGCAUGCGAUUGAUAGCUACUUGAAAUGACGGGCCGUAAGCAAGUGAUGGUGGAUUUGGGUUAAUGAUGUUAUUUCAUCUUUCUUUUUAGCGUCAAUCAAUAACUUAUAGAAUCUAAUAGGAAGUAGUAAUGCGAAUAACUCUAUAAUAUUGUACCGUGCCCUUAUGUACUUCUUACAUUAUUAUUCAAAAGAAAAUGUGUCAAUCCCCGUCAACAUUUGUUUAAGAUCAGUGAACAGUAGUCAUGUGAAGAAGGUUAUGACUUCAAGUAGGGAAUUCAAUUGGAAAUUAGGUGUGAAAAUAGUGAUUGUGCUGUGUGCAAGUGUUUAGUAUUUUGUGGUGGAGGUGAUUAUUCCGUCUCAAAAUGGCGGACCUCGAGGCUGUGCUGGCCGACGUCAGCUACUUGAUGGCAAUGGAGAAGUCCAAGUGCACUCCAGCAGCCAGAGCCAGCAAAAAAAUCGUCUUACCAGACCCUAGCGUUCGGAGCGUGAUGCACAAGUACAUGGAGAAGAAAAACGAGGUUAAUUUCGACAAAAUAUUUAAUCAAGUUCUAGGUUAUUUAUUAUUUAAGGAAUUCUGCGAACAAACGUCAGAGGAACCAGUGCCACAAUUAAAAUUUUAUGAAGAGAUAAAGUUAUACGAAAAGCAAGAAUGUAUUGAGGAGAGGCGGAGAAUCGCGAGAGAUAUUUAUGACAAUUUUAUAAUGAAGGAAUUAUUAGCACAUUCACAUGAUUAUUCAAAAGAAUGCGUGGCGCACGUACAAAAAUAUUUAAUGAAACAUGAGGUACCACCGAAUCUGUUUGAGCCAUACAUUGAAGAAAUAUUUCAGCAUUUAAGAGGGGAACCUUUUAAAAAUUUCUUAGAAAGUGACAAAUAUACCAGAUUUUGCCAAUGGAAGAAUUUAGAACUGAAUAUUCAGUUGACGAUGAACGAUUUCAGCGUACAUCGUAUCAUUGGGCGAGGCGGUUUCGGCGAAGUGUAUGGAUGCCGGAAGGCAGAUACGGGGAAGAUGUACGCGAUGAAAUGUCUGGAUAAGAAGCGUAUCAAGAUGAAGCAAGGCGAGACUCUGGCCCUCAACGAGCGAAUCAUGCUCUCUCUAGUCAGCACUGGGGUUGAUUGUCCGUUCAUCGUGUGCAUGACGUACGCGUUCCAUACGCCCGACAAACUAUGUUUCAUACUAGACCUCAUGAACGGCGGGGAUCUACAUUACCAUCUCUCCCAACAUGGUGUCUUCAACGAAGCGGAAAUGAAAUUUUAUGCAGCCGAAGUCAUUUUGGGUUUGGAGCACAUGCACAAGCGCCACAUAGUGUACAGAGAUUUGAAGCCAGCUAAUAUAUUGCUCGAUGAACACGGUCACGUUCGAAUAUCCGACCUCGGGCUCGCCUGCGACUUCUCGAAGAAGAAACCGCACGCCAGCGUUGGCACUCACGGCUAUAUGGCCCCCGAGGUCCUCUCCAAGGGCACCGGCUACGACUCCUCAGCCGACUGGUUCAGUUUCGGCUGUAUGCUCUACAAAUUACUGAAGGGUCACUCGCCCUUCCGCCAGCACAAAACCAAGGACAAGCACGAAAUUGACCGAAUGACCCUAACUAUGAAUGUUGAACUGCCAGAAUCGUUUAGUCCAAGUUUGAAGAGUUUGCUGGAAGGAUUGUUACAAAGAGAUAUCAACAAACGUCUUGGCUGUAAGGGAAGAGGUGCGGACGAGGUGAAGGAGCACGUGUUCUUCGCGGGCAUCGACUGGCAGCAGGUGUACCACCAGAAGUACACGCCGCCGCUCAUCCCGCCGCGCGGCGAGGUCAACGCGGCCGACGCCUUCGACAUCGGCAGCUUCGACGAGGAGGACACCAAGGGAAUCAAGUUGACUGAAGCAGAUCAAGCGCAGUACAAAGACUUUCCUCUUGUGAUCUCGGAGCGCUGGCAGGCGGAGGUGGCCGAGACCGUAUUCGAGACUAUUAACCAGGAGGCUGACAAAAUGGAGCUGAAAAAGAAGGCUAAGCAGAAGCAGAAGUUUGAUGCAGAUGAAAAGGAAUCUGAUUGUAUUCUGCAUGGCUAUAUUAAGAAGCUCGGUGGUCCGUUUGCUAGCGCUUGGCAAACUCGUUACGCGAAACUUUACCCGAAUCGCCUGGAACUUCAUCUCGAAAAUAGCACCAAACCUGAGAUGAUCCUUCUCGACACAGUCGAGGAAGUUUCCUCUGACUUGAUUUCCGUUAAAGGCGAGCAGUGUAUCGUUUUGAGGACUAGGAGUGAUAAUAAAAUUAUUCUCACAAACACUGAUGAAAUCGGACUAAAAGAGUGGGCGAUAUCGCUGCGAUCGGCCCACAAAUGCUCCCAGGAGUUACUGGCGUCGAUGGCUAAAAAGGCGGGGAAGAUCUACGGCACGGACGGCGCGAAGGAGUCGCUGGCGCUGGCGCGGCCGCCGCCCGCCGCGUCGCCGGCGCUGGCGCGCGCGCCCAACGGCGGCAACUAG